CCCGUAUCACGACACUUUUUGAGUCCAUUCACUACAUCUAUUCCUCGUUGCAUAUACCUACUCGCAAGUCCGCCGUCCUAGCGGGAGACAGUACACCCGAGACUCUCGCGCUCCUGGCACACUUCGAAGCUCAGCCCACACCUCUGCCUUCUCAGCCUUACCUCGCAUGAGAACAACCCCACGAUCCCUCCCACCCUUGCAGCCAUGGCGCGCGUCUACGCCGAUGUCAAUGCCAACAUGCCACGGUCCUACUGGGACUACGACUCGGUAUCCAUCUCGUGGGGCAUUCUGGAAAACUAUGAGAUCGUCAGAAAGAUCGGACGAGGAAAGUACUCUGAAGUUUUCGAAGGCAUUAAUGUUGCCAACUAUCAGAAAUGCGUCAUCAAAGUGCUCAAGCCUGUUAAGAAGAAGAAAAUUAAGCGUGAAAUCAAGAUUCUGCAGAACCUCUCCGGCGGGCCAAACAUCGUAGCCCUCCUAGACGUAGUACGCGACAGCCAAAGCAAGACACCGAGCCUAAUAUUCGAAAAUGUGGACAACACUGACUUCAGGACACUCUAUCCGCGGUUCGUCGAUUACGAUGUGCGGUACUAUAUCUUUGAGUUGCUCAAAGCAUUGGACUUCUGCCACAGUAAAGGGAUCAUGCACCGAGACGUCAAACCGCACAACGUUAUGAUCGACCAUGCGAAAAGAAAGUUGAGACUGAUCGACUGGGGCUUGGCGGAAUUCUAUCACCAAGGAACAGAAUACAAUGUCCGAGUGGCAUCGCGAUACUUCAAGGGUCCUGAGUUGCUGGUCGACUUUCAGGAAUAUGAUUACUCGCUCGACAUGUGGUCACUGGGUGCCAUGUUUGCCUCGAUGAUUUUCCGCAAGGAGCCCUUUUUCCAUGGCAACAGCAAUUCAGAUCAGCUCGUGAAGAUCGCAAAGGUACUUGGUACCGACGAGCUCUUUGAAUAUCUCGACAAGUAUGACAUCGAACUCGACGCUCAGUACGACGACAUCCUCAGCAGAUUCCCCAAGAAACCAUGGCAGAGCUUCGUGAAUGCCGACAACCAGCGGUUUGUGAGCCCGGAAGCCAUCGACUUCCUCGACAAGCUGUUGAGAUAUGAUCAUCAGGAACGUCUCACAGCCCAAGAAGCCAUGGCACAUCCCUACUUCGCGCCAGUAAGGAAUGCAGCCGCACAGCAAAACUCGCAAAACCACGUUUCUUGAAAGACAGGAUGAUGGACAGACGGAAACUAAUCUUCAAACACGAUCGCACAGGCAGUCGCAACGAUCCACACGGCCAACGUCCUGGGAGCAUACGAAAGAGUUGUAAUGAGUGACGAGAUAUCAGGUGGCAGUAAUCCACAAUUUUCACCACAGGACGGCCAGGGAUGAACGACAGGAGCACGAUGACGAAUUGAGGGAUCUAGUAUGCAAGGCUGUGGGAUGGGCCCUCAGCCUAUACCCAGGAUGGACGUGCAGAUUAGGAUAGAGUGUUGUUGCUGGAAGAAACUCGACUCAAUUGUCACACUACUGUUAUCCCUAAUCAUCAUAGAAGCGCAACAUAUACCAUUCGAUUACCGA